AAAAAGCUAAUAGAAUAAUUUUGGCUGUGAGAACCUGCAGUUCGUUUUGAAAGGGAAAGGGAUCAUAUUCUUGCGGAAAAUCAUUAUUCUGUUUAGCGUUUUCUUAUUAUUAGUAUCAAAUUCUUCAUUCUUUAUCUUUGCUCUUCAAACUAACAACAAGAAAGCAGAGAAAGAAAGGAAGAAUGAAAUGGUGAAGGACAGAAACAUUGGUGUUGCAUUGGACUUCUCAAAGAGCAGCAAGGUUGCUCUCAAAUGGGCGAUUGAAAACUUGGCCGAUAAAGGCCACACCUUUUACAUAAUCCAUGUCAACCACGAUUCCUCUGAUGAUCGUAACCAGUUGUGGGUCAAAUCUGGUUCUCCUCUUAUUCCUUUAAGCGAGUUCAGAGAGGCAGAGGUUCUGAAGAACUACGGCGUACAAAGUGAUGCUGAGGUCCUUGAUUUGCUUGACACUGCCACCAGACAAAAAGAGGUUAACGUUGUUGUAAAAUUGUACUGGGGUGAUGUGAGAGAGAAACUUUUGGAUUCAAUUGAAGAUCUGAAGCUGGACUCUUUGGUCAUGGGAAGCAGAGGUCUCAGCACAAUCCAAAGAAUGAUACUGGGAAGUGUAAGCAACUUUGUGAUGACUCAUGCUCCAUGUCCAGUGACCAUUGUGAAGGAGCAUUAGUAUGCAGAUGAUGGAUUUGGGAGAAUAUUUACCCCUUUGAUGAUGUUUUUACAUCCAUUGUACUCUCACUGUACUAUAUAAUGUAAUUUUACAUGUAUACCGUCUUAGAAGUUGUUCAUCAUGAUUACGUUUUACAUAUGAAGUACUCUAAUAUUGUAAUUUUAA